UAUUACUGUCGAAUCUUCCAUUACCCCUCUUUCUUUCCAUGUUUCUUUCAAUAAUAAUAAUAUUAAGUUCAUAAUGCCACAUGAAGUGGCGUAUUAUUUUAACCAUAUAUUUUAAAAAAUGCUGAGGAUCUGUACUUGGAACUGUUAAGAACUUUUAACAAAACUAUAAUUAAUAAGUACUACUAUUAUCUUAUUUAUUAUAAACAUGGAAGUAUAUAUGUGUAGAUGGAUGAAUGGAUUUUUGUUACUCUUUCACGCAAAUCCUAAUCUUAAUGAAACUUUACAAUAUAUAACUUGUACAUCAGAAAAACGCAUAGACUAUAAAUUUGAAAACCGUAGGCACAAAUAGUAAGUAAUAAAAAAAUUGUAAUAAAUAGAGGUAUCUUAUUUUGAAACUUUUUACAGGCUCGCUGUUUAGAUUAAUUGUGUACAGUAUUAGGUCUAGUUAUACACAUAACAAUGGAAGCAGUAUGUAGAGGAUGCCUUGCACAAUACAGUGAUUCUGCAGAACUUGUGCAGUAUACUGAAAAGAACAGGAGGCUUUUCGUCUAUUCCACUGGCUUGCAGGUGAAACGUAAUGAUUCCUUCAUUUUCCAAUUAUGCAAAGACUGCUACAUUAAUAUGAAACAGUCCUGUAAAUUCAAGAAACAAUGUAGAAGUUCAGAUAAGAAAUUUCAAUAUUAUUUAUUAUCAAAAGAUGCAGAUGAUACAGUUGAUAUGGCCUCCUUUCUUAGAAACCAUGAUGAGAAUAUGAUGUUGAGAUUUCCAUUGAUGAGUGGCAAUAAUACACCUGCAAAUCAUAGAAAAGAUGAUGAUAAUGCAUCGACAUGCACAAGUAUUGGAAAUUUCAUGACUGACAUUCUGCAGGGUGAGGAAAUGCCGGAUACAGAGGCUAGAAUCAUUAAACAAGUCAUUGAGGAGGAAGCAGAUGUUCUGGAUGACUCACUUGACUCUCAUUGGCUUCAAGAUGACAUAUCUAUUGACCCUGAUUUUGCAAUAGAUUUUAGUUUUAGCCCAUUUUCAACACCACACUCAGUGAAUAGAGAUCAUUGCUAUACACCAAAGAGACUAUCUGAUCUACCAUCUCAUAAGUAUGUACCUUCUAUAAGCAAAAAAAUAUUGAACUCAAAUAAAGUUACUAAUAAUCAUGAAAAUAAUAUUAACAAAACUGUAACUCUGGAAAAUAAUGGAACAAAACAAACAAACGGAAAUCAAGAGUUUGACACAAAACUGGAAAAUAACUUCUACUCUGUAAAUAUGCAAUCUGAUGAUGAAAUGGAAAAUAUUUACUCUAAAAAUGCAAAGCAAUCUAGUCAAACAAAAAAUAACGUAGAUAUUAAUUUUGAUUCAAAUUAUGAUGACGAAAAUGAUUUUGAUGAUUUUGAUCAUGUUCAGAAUAAUGUACCCAUGAUAGACGCAUUGUUAGAACCGCCUGAAAAUAUUAACUGUGAUAUUGAAAUUGAACAUGUCGGUUUGAAUAUUAAUAUAGAUGAUACUAUUGGACAUGGUAAAAAAUAUUAUAUGCCUAAUGACAUGAUAAAUUAUGAGAAUAAUAUUGCGAUAAAUCAUGGUUUACUUGAGGAAAAUAUCAGUCAACACAAUAAAAUAGGAAAAGCGCAGUGCACUAUUGACAGAAAUUUAGAGAAGGCUUUAAAGAAUAUUGGUAAAACUGAAAUUUCUUUGGAAGACUUGCUUGCAUCUCCUACAGUCUUUCCUGGGUCUUAUGCGCCGUCUACCCCAACAAUAGAUAAUAUAAUAUUUAAUGCAAAAAAACAAUUGUACGACGACAGUAACGAUUAUGUGCACAAAGCUGGAAAAUGUAUUGAAAAGUUUCAGAAUAUAGAUGGUGAUAUUAGUCUAUUAGAUGAUUUCUUUAAUAAGGCUACAGAUGAAUAUGAUUUUCAAAAUAGAAUAGACAGCAAAGUAACGGAAGUUAACAAGAGUUUUCUGAAUAAUGUAAAUAUAAAGAAAGCAAAGAAAAAGAAUAUUGACAAUGAAAGUCAAUACAACCUUGACGAUUGUUAUUGUAAGUUAUGUAAAAAGCAAUAUGUAAAUAUAUCAGGAUUAAAGAUACAUUUCGCUAAAUUUCAUCAAAACAAGAUUCCUCGCAAAAAAGCAAUAAAGCCAAUGUUUAAAAAAGCAUGUGAUUACUGUAGUAAGGAAUAUAGAAGUUAUAAAAAUUUUCUUAAUCACUUGAAGUCGCAUAUGGAGCCACGCGAGGAGUUUCGUUGUGACGUGUGUAAGCUACCAUUUCCUUCUGAAGCUAUUCUUCGAGUACAUCGGGCUCGCCACAAAGGAUCGUAUCUUACCGAGCCAAAAUUUGAAAAGGAAUACUGUUGUACUAUAUGUGGAGUCAAGCUAUCGACCAACAGUAACUAUAGGGUGCAUAUGCGACGGCAUAACAAAAAGUACGUCGCCAGUUGUGAUGAGUGUAAGAAAGGGUUCGUCACGAAAUCAGAGUAUACCAUUCAUAUGAGAAAACACACUGGCGAGCAACCAUUCAAGUGCACUUACUGUUCGCUGAGCUUUAACCGCCGGACAACUCUCAUCGCACACGUCAAGUUUCAUUUAGGUGAAAAAUCAUUUGAAUGUGACCAUUGCCACAGGAAAUUCGUUAAAAAAGAAUCCAUGGUAACCCAUAUAAAGAAUUUAAGAUGUAUAAAACGAUUUCUUAGAUUACAAGAAAUGAAGAAAAGUAGUAAAAAAGGAUAUUUUGAAUGUUUGUUAUGCCAAAAGAUAUAUGUGAAACGUAAAAAUUUUAUAAACCAUAUAAAAAACAAGAAAUGCUUAUCAAUUAAAACGGAAACAGAAGAGAUGGAAGAACCAAUUAAAACGGAAAUAGAGGAGACGGAAUAACAGAUUAAAACAGUAAUAGUAGAGACAGAAGAACAAAUUAAAACGGAAAUAGAAGAAAUGGAAGAACCAAUUAAAACAGAAAUAGAAGAAACGGAAGAUCCAAUUAAAACAGUAAUAGUAGUGACAGAAGAACAAAUUAAAACGGAAAUAGAAGAAAUGGAAGAACCAAUUAAAACAGAAAUAGAAGAAACGGAAGAUCCAAUUAAAACAGUAAUAGUAGAGACAGAAGAACAAAUUAAAACGGAAACAGAAGAGAUGGAAGAACCAAUUAAAACGGAAAUAGGAGAAG